UUUAAGAACCAGCGCAAACGGAGAAGCUAUGAACGCCUCCACCAGUUCAAAGGCUCCAAGAGUCCCAGUUAUUACUGUGGACAUGAUCACACCAACAAUCCAAGAUUUCAUUUUGUCCAUCUCCUUGAAGCAGAGCAUGGAUUUGGCCUCAGGACAACUUGAUGGUGACACCAAGUCCAAGGUAAAGGAGCUGCUGUUGAAGCUAGAGGAGAAAUGUACCGCCUUCGUUCUGCGUAAAAUCUACAAAGGACGCCUCAGAUCUUUGGACGUGGAAACCGUUUUGGGCGACUCAGUGCUAAGAUCAUUUGCAGACGUCCUUUGGGUUGAAGGAACGACUCCCCCGAAGAACUUUGACAAGUUUAACAAGUCAUUUGUUAAACAUGUCAAAGGAAAAGUGAGAUCUUCCCUCUGCUGCAUGAAUGAUCCAGCAGCUUCCUUCGUCCUGCAAAUCUCUGAGAAGGACACGGUGGAUUCAAUGGUUCCACUUGCAGUGACAUUGAUAAAGGAGCUGUUAGAGAUGAGAAAUGAAGAACGUCAGCAGAGGCUGCUGCGAAAAGCUGCUGAAGGCCAGCAAAAUGCCCUCAAGGAGCAGCAGACAGGAGAGCUUCUCCACCAUGGACGGUACCAGGUGCUACCGACAAUCCCAGAGGAACCAGAACUUGAAGAGGCAGCAGCAGAGAUGAACGAGGAAAAGGAGUCAGAGUUAAAGAUGGUGGACAGAUUUAUCUCUGAGGAACUAGGAGAGGUCAAAGACGUCCAUAGUCCACAGAAGAAAAAGCGUCCUCAGAGCUCUAGGAAGUCCUGCAGUAGGUACCGCCAUGGACGGUACGAGGUGCUACCGGUCACCCCAAAGGAAGCAGAACUUGAAGAGGCACCAGCAGAGAUGAAUGAGGUAAAUUAUUUUUGUUUUUAAAGGACUGGAAUCAGAGCUCUAGAUGGUGGAUGAAUUUAUAUCUGAUGACAUUUCUGAAAUGAUUUAGUUAAAUAAUUGUAUCUCUUAGAAAAAGAUGUUGGAGUUAAAGAUGGUGGACAGAUUUAUCUCUGAGGAACUAGGAGAAGUCAAAGACAUCCACAAUCCACAGAAGAAAAAGCGUCCUCAGAGCUCCAGGAAGUCCUGCAGUAGGUACCACCAUGGACGGUACGAGGUGCUACCGGUCACCCCAAAGGAACCAGAACUUGAAGAGGCACCAGCAGAGAUGAACAAGGUAAAUUAUUUUAACUUUAAAGAGAUGGAAUCAGAGCUUUAGAUGGUGGAUGAAUUUAUAGCUGAUAAUAUUUCUGAAAUCAUUUAGUUAAAUUGUUUUAUUUCUUAGGAAA